UGAAUAUAAGUAAGACUAAGCAGUAUGGUAGUGAUUAUAUUCUCUUCGCGAAAGACUAUAGCCUGUUUUCUAAGGACGAUAAAAAAAAUGGUCUCUGGUUGACAGUUGACAGUUGACACUGUGACAUUGAUUUUUCGAACAGAGGUAUUUUUUUUAAUACAUAGUAGAACUUGAAAUUUUGCUUGAAAAUAGAAAUGAUUAAGGGUACGAGACGUAAUGUCACACGUAAUAUUUAAUAGAUUUCAAAUUAUUACUUGUACUUGGGCGUGGAAAGUUUUGUGAAUACCAAUUUCUAAAUUAGUAUUUCUCAUAUUCUGUAUUUACAUAUUGAUAAAAAACUCGUAAUUUGAGUAAAAAUAAAUAUAAUUAUCACAGAAUACAAAACGAUGAGUCAGUACAUGACAGAGAGACGGUUGUGUUGGUGCUAUGGGUUACUUGCGCUAUCGCUUAGUAUCUCAGUGAUAUGUAUAGCGAUUCCGUACAACCACUGGCGUAAGACCCUCGAUGUAUGUCCUGGCAGUUGGCUAGAAAACACUAACUGUGGCUGCAUAUUCUAUGGUACCACUACCUCACAGUAUUUCACUGGUGGACAUAACUCUUAUUGCCUUUAUGCUGUGUUUGCUCCAAUACCAAUUAUAGUGUAUGCAAUAGUCAUGGCAGUGUUCCACAUGUACAGAGUUUGUAUUAAUAAUAUUGGUCAAUAUGAGGAUGAAAAAUCAACAGCAAUGGAAGAAAUUGAGGGUCAAGCUAUAGUGGUGACUACAAGGUCUCAAGUGACUCAUCAAAAUGACAGCGUUAUCUAUUGCUGGAUACCUUCAUCAUGUAUAGCAGCAAUAUUCUGCAUGUAUAAUAUAGUUCAUGCAGCAAUUAUUACAGAUGGUUUCUUUAGAACUUGCAAUCAGUAUAGAGGGUAUUUGGUCAGGGAAAUGCGAGCAUCAGGAGACCAAGCCACAGCAAUACAUUUCCGUCUCAACUGCCAAGCAAUAUAUGAUUUCAUGGACUACAUACAGCGUGGCAUAUCGAGCAGUCGAGGAGGGGACUAUAUUAACACUGGAGUGUCUUUGCAGCUGGCCCUCAUUACUGCAUGGGCAGCUGUGGGUUUGUGGGUUGCUGUAGUUGUCUACGCUGCGAUACGAGCUUACAGAGAAAGGCAUGUCUUAACAUGUUGUGGUAAUUAAGUUUAUGUCCUAAUCUUCAGAAACUUUUGAUAACAGUCUUUUGUCAAAUGGAUGUUUUGUUACAGUUAAAGCAUUUAAUUUAAUUUAAAAAGGGACUAGAGAGUCAAUAGCUAAAAGGCAUUUUUUUAAGAGGAAGAAAAUAAUAAUGUUUAUAUGAGUGAAAUAAUAUUAUAUUGUGAAAACCAUUCCUCUGGUGUACCUACCCUGAUGCGGUUAUAUUGGGAACUGUUUUAGUAUCCCGAAAAUAUUUCCAGAAUGACCAACAGAAAUUGAAGUUAUACAUAUAUGGGUCCAGCUUUUUGGGCGCACUUUUCUAAAUAUUAUUAUUUUUUAAUUAUUCGAUAAGUAUACAUAAUUCUUUGCUAAGUGCAAUGACAAUAUUUUUUUUUUUCAAACUAAAUGUACACCGUUGCCGUACCUUGUUCAAGAACACAAUAUAUUUAUUACUUUUGUGUAAGGCAACUAUUUUUAUUUAGCUAUUAACUUAAUAUAGAUUAAGUACCUAUUUGGUAAGUACAAGUGCUACAUUCAAUGUGUCUUAACCUUUAAUAUAGAUGAUAAUAACAUAAGUUCAUAUAGUUUUUAAUACAAGUGCAGUAUAUUGUCACACUUAAAUAAAAAAAUACUUAAAGAACUGUCUAACUGUUGAAUUCUUAAAAACUUUUGUGAAUAUCACUAAUGCGUUACAACUCGAUCACGUAUUAUCGUUGGUAUAAGACGUAUUAACUACUGAAAUCAAUAAAAGUUUUUGUUCGGCACCGGAAAUGGACCAAUCAGAAUAGUGUAGUGAUUCCAGCUCACACAUAUUCUUUUUUUAGGUUAUUUUUUUAUGAUCGAUUAAGAGAUAAUAGCUUUCAAGAUUUUGUAUUAAUAUAUGCUAUUAGGAAAAACCAUUGUAACGUUUUUUCUCAUGUGAUAUUUGAUAGUUUUCUCAUGAGAUAUUUUCUUUUCAUUUACUCACAGGAGUACUGUCUAAAAUAUAGGAAUUAAGAUUACUACAUAAAGACUGCGGCAAGCAAUCAACAAGCAAGCGACCGAUGCACGGGAUAUGCAUGAUAGCAAAAGAUCGAAUGGUUGCCAAUGAUUGUUACAGAAGUUGAUGUUAAAUUCUGUGUCUGUCCGUUCUUUCUUCAUUCUUCUUCUUCGUCAUUGUAAUAUAGUAAUUCUUAUAUAAAAUUGGCGGAAUCGUGAAUGCCCGAAGGCUGUCAGUAAAGAACAAGCAGUGUUUAUUUACUACACAAGAGCACCGUGACGAAUGAAUACUCAAAGGCUGCCAGUAAAAAACAAGUAGUGUUCAAGAAUCAAAGUCAAGAGCAAUGGCAUUGGUCGAUGGUAAUCAUUGACCAAUUAAAAUAUUCUGUCUCUUGGCCUAUUCUUUUGUUCUUGAGUUAUGAAUGAACCAAAGCUGUCGAUAAAAAUUAGUGACGUAUUCCACUCCACUUCAUGUUGAAUUUUGAUCCUAAUCAAUGUUAAAAUUCUUCAUAAAUGUACAGUUAAUUAGUUGUCAGACAACAUAUACGAUUCGCGCAGAGUAUAUUUUGCAUGCUGUCGAGUUCAAUAAGGUCUUUAUGUCGUAGGUCUACACAAUACUUGUGUUUGGUUUGAUGUUUUAUUAAUGUUUCUUGUUGUGGUGUAAUAUGACUGCUGGCUUCUCUUCUCAAUAUUUAUUAAUUCUAUACCUCAAAAACUAUCUUCUUUCUACCACCUUUACUCUGAUGAUCUACAGAUUUUCACCAGGCUUCAUUAGACUGUGUGCCCAAGGUCAUAGCAACAAUCAAAAGCGAUUUGAAUUAUAUUGCAGAAUUUUUACAUAAAGUUCAUGUUUAGUCUACAUAAAUAUGGUCAAAUCUCUGAAUUUUGCGAGAAGGUGAAGUCAUUAAAAUCAUCCGUAUUCGCCGGAAUAUGCACAUUCUGGCUCUGUUAUAUAACAUCUUAUUUAGCCCGACUUUUCCUUGAUAUCUCAUAUAUCGUUUUUCGAAUUCUCUCUCGACCUCGUUCUCUGUGUUCUUCACACUCUUCUUCUUAAAAGACAGACUCAUACCUCUAACUUCUGUGAUCAAUCUUUCUUUGUACAAGAAGUUCAAUUUUGGAAUGCCCUGCUGCUAGAGAUAAGGUAACCCAAAUUAUAUUUUAAAAUUUAAAAACCUACUACCUCUCUUGGCCUAGUGCAAAAUGCUACCAUAUUUAUUAAUUCAUAAUUAUAUAUUAGUAGAUAUAUUUUAUAUUAUUAUAUAUGUAUUAGAAUUCAUUUAGUAUUUUCUUUGUUUGCUGCUUUCUUGUUGUACAUCGCUGUUUAUAUGUGAGUUUAGUUUCUUUUCAUACAAGGGUUACCCGGAAGAGAUUGCUUGUAGCGAUAAGGUUGCCCAUUGUACAUUAUAGACUUAGGGUACUUAUACAAAUUUUAUUUGUUUUCUCUUUAAAAUGUUUACAAUAAAGAGUAUUCGUAUUAUUGUUAUGUAGCUACACAUAAAGUUAAGAGUUUCAACUUUUGGGUUCUGUAAAAUGAACUUUAUAUGAAAUAAUAAGUAUAUUAUACUAAUAGCAUUUUAUAAUUAACAUAUUUUUAUGUUAAGAAAUUGUUCUAUUAACAAAAUAUAAUAAAUGCCAUACAACGAGAAUUAAGUUAAUUUAGGAGACUGAGCUUCAAGGUUUGCAAACAACUUGUACAAAUGUUGUAUUAUAAUAACCACCGAUUUUUAUUUGUCUCGGGGAGAUGCUGUACCUCCUGCAGGCAUAAUAUAUUAAUUAUGUAACUUAUAUUUAUACAAGUAGUCUUAUUAUUUUUAUAUUGACAGUUGUAUUUGUGCCGUCCAUUAGUAAACUAAGUUAUAUAUUCUAUAUCAUGUUAUACCCAUGAAUAAAUUUUGAAUUAUUUUAA